ACACAAGCCUGUUUCCUGCUGGGCACAUUCUGGUGUUUUGCACGUUCUUGUUUUGUGUUUGCAGAGUGAUGGAGCACCACUUUAGCUUCCCACAAGACCCGUUUUCUUUCCAUCAUCGGUCUUUGCCUUUCAGAUCCACAUCUGCUGCAGUGCCUUACUCUGCCUUCCUGUAGACAGGCUCUGCCUAUUUUGAACAUAUCAGAUGAACCUUAGCUGAGACGUCAGCUGGUUGAUGAGCUUUGCCUUAAAUGAGUUAGUUUUGUUAACUUUUAACUAAUGAGCAAGACAAAGGCCAUUUAUAUUGGUUAUGCUGUGUCAUAAUAAAUGGUAGAGUGUGCUAAGGUAAGGGAAAUUGUUUUGGUAAUAUGAGCCUACCUAACCUUUUUUCCUUGGCCUGCUGCUGCAUGCUAGUCUCCAGAGCUAGGUACAGUCUAUGGUUCCAUAUCCUUGUCUGCUGGAAGUGGAGGACAGGGGGAAACUGAGAGAAGGAAACAGUUAAUUAUUUCUGCCUCUCUCAUCUCUCUUUUUCCAAUGAGAAGCUGAGGGAAUAGAGGGGGAAAGGGAGGCACCAAGCCACUCAAGCAGGGCUGGCAAGGGAAGGGGAAAGGUAAAAACCUGUGUCAUGCAAAAGAGAGAGAGGGGGAGUAAAAGAGCAGGGACUUGGAGGAUGAGAUGAAAGAAGUAGCAGGCAGAGAUGUGAGUGGAAAUUGAAGAUUAAUAGACCAGUUAGAAACAUAUGAAUGGAAGGGGGCUCUGACAACAGUAAGAUUUCAUCUGCUGAUUUCAUCUGAUUUGCAUGUGUAAAUCAUAUAAAACUUUCCUGGGUUCUAUGUUGAGAAACGCAAGAGCGUAGUAUAGCUCAUGUCAGAAGAACACUGAUGGGUCCCAAUGGUUUGAUAUAAAGUUAUUAAUGCUGAAGAUUAUAAUUUGGUAGCUUGGCUAAGUGACUAAUCUCCUUACAUCAUAGAAUGUAUAUUUAUCUACAGUUAGAGGAUACCUGCUGGGCCUGUUUGUGAAGGAGCAUUAGUACUGAAAGGGUUGGAUUCUCUGUUUUUUAUCCACCUCCUUUCACCAUAGAAUCAAACAAAUGGAAAGAAAUCACACUGGGUUGAUGGCAGCAAGCACUCAUCCUAUGACUGCUGUGAAUUGGUGUAUGUCAGGACAGAAAAGGGAAGACAGUGCUGAUUUGUCUCCACAUUAUUUGGUUUGGCCUGCUGAUCUGAAGGUGAUAUUUUUCCUGUGUAACUUGCUUUCUCUGCUUGUGCCAUUAUAUAUACAUGCAUUUGUAUAUAUAUGACUUUGCUUUGUGAUAUGUGUUGAUUUGUGUUGUCAUCAUGAGAGUUCAGUUAUUGUAAUGAAAAACGACUCAUGCUCAUAGAGAGCAAACCAUCCAUUUCCAUGAAUUACAAAGAGACAGAGAGAGAGAUUUUGCAGAUGGUGUUACUAUCUCUGAAAUUCGGAGUUACUGUUUAACAAGGAAUGUGAUUUCUCCCACUGCAGACAGCAAGACACACGAGGCAGACAGCUCCCCCGUAUUCAUCUAGCUAUUAAUGUAAGACAGAGUUGAAAGCGAAGUCAGAAGAAAACAGGCUGGUUUAAGCUAUCUAAAGAUAGAGGAAAAAAAAAAAAAAGACUGAGAAAACAAACAAACAAAAAAACAACUGGGAAAUUAAGGCUUUUUAUUUAGUUAAGUCAUAUCCUCAAUCAAAACGAUCUGAGCUGCUAGAGGGCCCAUUGCCAAUACCAGUGCCGGGGCACUCAGCGCAGAGCUGUAGGGUCGGAGGGAGGCACUGCAUCCCACAGGGCUCCCCGCGAGCUGCAGAAACACACACAGCCUCUGCAACUCUGGGGACUGGGAACGCCCGCCCGCCUUGCGGAGGUGUGCGGAGGAAAUAACCCUCUGAACCACAACCAAAUCGCAAGCACCCGAAAGCCUUGACUGAAAGCUGAGCCGUGGCUGCCAGGCCGGAGCUUGUCCCUUUAAGAAAGUGCAGCACGGUAGCAGGGGCCGGCCCUGCCUCCCAGAGUCCCGGCGCUGGAGCUGGGCUGGGAAUGGGAAGCAGUUCCUCGGUUGGGGCCGGAGAAGCGCUCGCACAGCUCCAGCCCCGCUCACUCGGCAGCAUCCAGCGCGGGGGAGAGCGAGAGCGGCGCUGCGCCUGCCGCGGGAUGGACGUUCCUGAGCACUGAGCUCAGCCGCUGUAAAAAGCGAGUAGGAAAAUACGCGGCUGGAUGAAAUUGAACAUGAUCAGAAGAUAGCAUCAUACAUGAUGAUCAUGGCCCCCAGGAAGAGGAAUCGUCAUGCGCUGGGAUUUCUUUGUUGCUUUGGGGGUAGUGACCUCCCUGAAAUCAAUCUCAAGGACAACAACCCUCUCCAAUUCCUCGAGUUUACUGUCCCAAUACCACCAACAGAGGAGCUCAAUGCCAGGUUCUCUGAACUUGUGGAUGAAUUGGAUCUUACAGACAAGAACAGAGAGGCUAUGUUUGCACUCCCUCCAGAGAAGAAAUGGCAGAUAUACUGCAGCAAAAAGAAGGAACAAGAAGAUCCUAAUAAGCUUGCUACCAGCUGGCCAGACUACUACAUUGACCGCAUCAAUUCCAUGGCAGCAAUGCAGACUCUGUAUGCUUUUGAUGAAGAAGAAACAGAAAUGAAAAAUAAAAUAGUUGAAGACUUGAAGACAGCUCUGCGGACUCAGCCCAUGAGGUUUGUGAUGAGAUUCAUUGAGCUGGAUGGUCUGAGCUGUUUGCUGAACUUCCUGAAAAGCAUGGACUACGAGACCUCAGAAAGCCGUAUACACACAUCCGUUAUAGGGUGUAUCAAGGCACUGAUGAACAACUCCCAAGGACGGGCUCAUGUCCUGGCUCAUCCAGAGAGUAUCAACAUCAUCUCCCAAAGCUUACGGACUGAGAACAUCAAGACCAAGAUUGCUGUUUUGGAGAUCCUAGGGGCUGUCUGCUUGGUACCAGAUGGUCAUAAGAAAGUCUUGCAAGCCAUGCUUCACUACCAAGUCUAUGCUGCAGAGAGAACAAGAUUCCAGACGUUGUUGAAUGAGCUAGACCGAAGCAUGGGGCGAUAUCGAGAUGAAGUAAAUCUCAAAACAGCUAUCAUGUCCUUUAUCAAUGCUGUUUUGAAUGCUGGUGCUGGUGAGGACAAUUUAGAGUUCCGAUUACACCUACGAUAUGAGUUUCUAAUGCUGGGAAUUCAACCUGUUAUUGACAAGCUAAGAGAGCAUGAGAAUGCGACACUUGACAGGCACUUAGAUUUCUUUGAAAUGGUCAGAAAUGAAGAUGACUUGGAACUUGCAAAGCGAUUUGACCUGAUCCAUAUUGAUACAAAAAGUGCCUCUCAAAUGUUUGAACUGAUCAAGAAAAGAUUGAAGCACACAGAUGCCUAUCCCUAUUUGUUGUCCAUCCUUCAGCACUGCUUGCAGAUGCCAUAUAAGAGGAACGGAGGAAAUUUUCAGCAGUGGCAGCUGUUGGACAGAAUACUCCAACAAAUUGUUCUUCAAGAUGAACGAGGAGAUGAUCCAGAUAUAGCUCCACUGGAAAACUUCAAUGUCAAAAAUAUCAUUAAAAUGCUGGUGAAUGAGAAUGAAGUCAAACAGUGGAGGGAUCAGGCAGAGAAGUUUCGAAAAGAUCAUGCUGAACUGAUGAGCAAGCUUGAGAAGAAGGAGAGGGAAUGUGAGACAAAGACCCAGGAGAAAGAUGAAAUGAUGAAGACACUGAACAAAAUGAAAGACAAGCUGCAGAAAGAAUCCUUGGAGCUGCGCCAGGCCAGGGACCAGAUGAAUGACCUGGUAGCUCAACUUAAUGAGUACUCGCAAGGGGGCAGCAUUUCCUUCCCAGCCCCACCACCCCCUCCUCCAGGCGGCCCACUGGCAUUGUCCUCUGCUCUCACCUCUGAGAAUUUACCCCCGCUACCACCUCCUCUGCCUUUCUCCACCUGUCCCCCUCCUCCUGCCCCACCACCUCCUCCAGGAGGACCUCCUCCCCCACCAGGAGCACCGCCUUUCUUCAGCUUGGGUGCACCACCACCUUCAACAACCACCUUCAGCAGUGCUGGUACCAGCCUGAAGAAGAAGUCUAUCCCACAGCCUUCACACCCACUGAAAUCCUUCAACUGGGCUAAGCUGAGUGAGGAGAGGAUCCAUGGCACAAUCUGGAAUGAGAUUGAUGAUUUAAAGGCAUUCAAGGUGUUGGAUCUAGAAGAUUUUGAAAAGAUGUUCUCAGCGUAUCAGAGACACCAGAAAGAGAUGGGUUCAACAGAAGACCUUUACCUCUCCACACGAAAGGUGAAAGAGCUCUCUGUGAUUGAUGGCCGGAGGGCCCAGAAUUGUGUCAUUCUCCUUUCCAAGUUGAAGCUGUCUAAUGAAGAAAUCAGACAAGCAAUCUUGAAGAUGGAUGAGCAAGAAGACCUAGCAAAAGAUAUGCUUGAACAGCUGCUGAAGUUUGUUCCUGAAAAGAGCGAUACCGACCUGCUGGAGGAGCAUAAACAUGAAAUAGAGCGCAUGGCUCGGGCAGAUCGUUUCCUCUUUGAAAUGAGCAGGAUUGACCACUAUCAGCAGCGACUCCAAGCAUUGUUCUUCAAGAAGAAGUUUCCAGAGAGGCUGGCAGAAGCAAAGCCAAAAGUAGAAGCCAUUCUUCUGGCAUCCAAAGAACUCAUCCGCAGCAAACGUUUGAGGCAACUCCUGGAGGUUGUUCUGGCCUUUGGCAAUUACAUGAACAAGGGCCAAAGGGGAAGCGCAUAUGGCUUCAAAGUCUCCAGCCUGAACAAAAUUGCAGACACCAAAUCCAGCAUAGACAGGAACAUUACACUGUUGCACUAUUUGAUUAUGAUCUUUGAGAAGAAUUAUCCAGAUAUACUAGAUAUUCAGACUGAAUUGCAGCAUCUUCCAGAAGCAGCAAAAGUCAACCUGGUAGAGCUGGAGAAGGAAGUCAACAAUAUAAAGACCGGAUUGAAAGCUGUUGAAGCUGAGCUGGAUUAUCAGAAGAGACGCAUACGGGAAUCGGGGGACAGGUUUGUUCCCGUCAUGAGUGAUUUCAUCACUGUUGCCAGUUUCAGCUUCUCAGAGUUAGAAGACCUCCUCAAUGAUGCUAGAGACAAGUACGCCAAGGCACUGAAGCAUUUUGGAGAGAAUGAGGGAAAGAUGCAGCCAGAUGAAUUUUUUGGCAUCUUUGACACUUUCUUACAGUCAUUUGCAGAGGCAAAGCAAGAUCUGGAGAAUAUGAGGAAGAAAAAGGAAGAAGAGGAGCGCAGGGCACGCAUGGAAGCCAUGCUGAAAGAGCAGAGGGAAAAAGAGAGGCGUCAAAAGAAAGCAAAAGCAGGAAACAUCUCUGAAGAGACUGGGGAGUUUGAUGACCUGGUGUCAGCGUUGAGGUCAGGAGAAGUCUUUGACAAGGACUUAUCCAAACUGAAGCGUAAUCGCAAGCGUUCGGGGAACCAAGGCUUAGAGACAAGCCGGGAGCGGGUGGUGACAAAACUAAAUUAUUAAUUACAAGAGAAAGAAAAAUAAUCAACCAAAAUAAGUGAAGAAAAAGAGCAGAACAAGGAAGAUGAAUGUGUGCGAUGGCGCCUGGCUGACAGCUGCCCCAAAGGAUUUAUUUGGUCUGUGGGUAGAGACAUUACCUUUCCAUUGAUCAGCUUUCCUCUCAUCCCUCCUCUGCGCUCCUAAUUUGAACCAUUAUAAAAGUGCCUCUGUGGAGCCAGCAGGGUCCGUGACUGGGCCAUGCAGACCUGACAGAUUUGCUUCUGUGAGUUGAUUGUGUCAUGAAAGGCCUCAUGAUGAUGGCAGAAAGUACUGGGCCUUGCAGCUGGAGAAGGAUAAUUUUCUGCGUGCCAAAGUGAAAAUGAACUAUGAUCUCCAUCUUGCUGAUAAUAAGCAAGACUAAUUUCAGAACAGUUCGGUAAACAUCUGUUGCUUCUUCAGUAACUAUACUGGCCUUCAAGGUCUUGUCAGGAUGUAGUUCUUGAGGUUACAAGGUCCCUCCCAGAAUUGGAUUUUAUAAGCCAUUGAUCAGCAUCUGAAAAAUCUCAUAUUCUGUAUAGUGUUUUUGUAUGGCCUAUACUGUCCAAAGCAAGUGAUGCUCAGAAGGAAGUUGGAACAAAAUGGAAUUCGAAAAUCAGGAUUGAUGUAAAAUACUUUGCCAAAGUUUUUUGGAUUCUGCUUUUCUAGAAACAGUUUUCUGGAAUAUAUUGAUGGUUGAGUCUCAAAGUUCUGAAAUUCAUCUUCUAGGAAAGAAGUUGUGGCUUUUGUUUAGAAAACUGUGCCGCUAACAGGUUGGGAUUUCACCUGGAUGACUGUGGAGCCUGUUGUAAUUGCUGGAGUGUGGGAAGGAAACAGCUGAACAUUUCUUAUCCAUUUGUGCAAGAUUCCUUAGUGCAGCCCAAUGGAAAUUGGAAGCUCCUGAGUAUCAUUCACAGGUCACAAGUGGGCAAAAAGCAAAUGGGACUGCAAGCUGCAAGAAAUAAGUUUUCUUUUCCACUUGAUACAGGCUGCAGCUGCUGUGGGAAUGGACUGGACUUUCUGCGUAACAGGAUGAUUUAUUGCAUGCACCCCAAUCCUAUCUAGGGUAAUCACGUAGUUCAGUAAGAUAUCAGUGAUGUCAAAGGAGAGCUGUACAGGCCACAGCCUUUUUCAUUUAGAAGGGAUUACUUAGGAUGAACCAAUGGAAGGUCCCAUAAGGAAAACGGAGAUUUUUUUCCAGGAGGACACAAAGUCGUGUAAGUGAAGCAGGCUUUGGAAAUGGGUUAAUGUAUAAGAAAAAAAAAAUUUGUGUUUACACUGCAUCUACGAAGCACACAGUGAAAAAAGCGGAGAACCCCAAGAAGAUGCUUGAAUUCUAAAUUUGAUUUAUCUUCAUGGCUCUUGGAAGCCCAAUUCUGUGGGCUGCCAUGACCUUUUUUUUUCCAUUUGUUUUUUCUUCAAUCUUUUCAUCCCUUUUGAUUAUCAACUCUGGAGAGGGAAAAAGAAAAAAAAAGAAAUUGUGAUGGAUUCUUCCUCCUAGACAAGAAGAAAACAGCAUUUGAGAAGAGAGGCCAAAAUUUACAAACUAUGUAUCAACAGUAAACAGCACAAAGUGUCAAGGAAUUCCAGGGAAAUGGAAAAAGCUCCAUUAGUCACUUUAAUAUUUUGGUUCUGGUUUUCUAUGAAUGUCACUUAACCUCAGGCUCAGCACUGAGUCUGCAGAGUAGAACUUCUGCCAUACAUGCUGCCAGAUCAGUAUUACGCACUACCAAUAUUGGAGAAGCCAACAGUGGUGGUUUUCCAAACACUAAAAUAAUUAUGUAAACUAUGGAAAGAAUCAAAAAAUUUAGAAUUGUUACACUCUAAUGUUUCAUUGUUUACUGAAUUUUGAGACUUCCACCCUACAGUUUCCCUAUUGACAACAUUCCAGACUGCCGCGCCUCUGUAUAAUACUCGUAAAGAGCUGGUAUCUUACAAGAACUGGGUGCAUUCUCCUCCCUUAUUAUCCCAUCACCCUUCUGGGAUUAGCUAUUAACAGCAAUAUCCAUUGCAGCAGACACAAGCACCUUGUAGAAGAAAGACUGUGUUUUUGUAAAGGUUUUUGAAAGUUUAACUCUCACUUUUAUAAGCAUUUUUAUUUUAAAUUACAAAAUGGAUUUUUAGAAAUGUCUCUUGUAAUUUAUAUUAACAAGCUCCUUGCUGCUCCCCAAAGUAGACAUGCCAUAUCUCAACCCUCUUUUUUGUUUGUCUUGUUUUGAGGCAUGCCAUAUAAUCUAUGCCACGUAAGCCAUAUAAGAGGUGAUAAUAUGUGCCAAAUUGGUAUACAAUGGAGUUUAGAUUUGGAUAAUCCCUGAAUUCCAAAGAUGAUACUUUCAGGGAUUAGAACAUUGUAGAUUUCCCCCCUCUUUGUUCUCCUUGGUUUUAAGACUCACUCAGAAGUUCAAGUGUAGUGCCAGUGCCAAGGUCAGCUCUGGUGCAAGAAGAUGUGACCUGUGGCUCUGUCCAAUUUAUGGCUGCUUGCUUGCUCCCCAGGUACUUGUUCAAUAUGGCAGACUGUCAGCAAGGCAGUUCUGUUAUAGAAAAAACACCUCAGGGCAAAACCCUUGAAUAUAAAUACAGCAUUCCCCACCCCAGUAUUUUUCAAACCAGGUUCACAGUGUACUUUUUGAAACUGAAGUCACUUUGCCAGGCCAUAAAUGUAGCAAAAACAGAGAGAGUGAUAAUCUCUCUUUCCAUUUGUGUACACAGUUCAGCCGUGAUAUGAAAAGUUAUAUGAUGGUACGCAGUGCUCCGGUCACAGUGACAGUCAGAGAAAGCUGCUGUAGCUUUGCCACCCCCUCGAUAUAUACACAAGUAAUAAGAGACUGUGCAACUCCAAUAAAUCAGCUGUGAGAUACAUUACUGGAACUGAAAGAAAGCCCAGAGUCAUGCCCCCGGUUCAUUGCAGCUCAACUUUCUUAGCACUCAAGGGCCCCAGACUUUUGUUUUGAAUCAGUGGUGGUGGCUGAAGGUUUCUUUCAGCAUGCUGAACAUGCUGGCUGUUCACUGCUUGGUGAAUGUUCAUGAAAAGCAUUGUGGAAAAGCUUGGUUACUCACUGAGGCAAGCAGUGAUUUCAUCUAAGGGGUGACAAGCAGACAGUCCCAUUAAUAUGUCUGCUCUAAGAGAUGAGGCUGGCCACAGCAGAUAAGGAAAUAGUUGGAUCUGCUCUAGGAUCUGACCUCAGAUUUUUUGCAAAGCCAAGUUCAUCCCUGCUUGGAGUCUCUGGCAUGCUGUGAGUGCAGCUAUGCUCUGUUCCUCAUGUGCAGUUUUGAUUGAGUUGCUAAGUGCCAAAAAAUGUGGGAAAAUGUAAUCCUUGUCCUCUAGUGCCUCUGUAGCCUGGGUGGGCACAGCAAGCAGUCAUGAGGCAUAACAUUAAGGCAGAACUUCUUUAUCAUAUUCUGAGGGACAGAGGAGAACUAAGGUCUGCUGCUGUCCUUGCAGCUGUGCUUAGCACCAGCAUUUUAAAUAAAAGAGGAGGAGAUGUGAAAAAGGUUAUAAUUGAGGGCUUGUUCUACUUUAUACUUGUCCUAGAGAAAUGUAGUUGUUGCUAAUUUUAUGAUGAAGUUCUUCACACCUAGAAGAGGAGGUACUUUCUAAUUCUCCAAACCUUGUCCGUAGAGAUCUAAUGCUUCUUCCCUUACCUAUGUGUCUUUGCAUUGUUCUUAAGCAGAUUGCAUUAGGAUGACCCCUGAAAAGACUGCAGAACUUCCCCCCACAUCCCCCACUCCCUUUGCUCUUUGUCACUCUUCUCAGUUGUCUGUAAGUCUCUGAAAAUGCUACAGCGUGAAGUGACUUCAGGGCAGCAAGGCUCUUCCAUGCUUUGCAGCACAGCUAUGGUCCGGGCACUGGUUCCCUAUAAGAGCAGAAGCAGGACUAAUAUUCAGGGAUGAGAGACUCUCCACUAGAGAGACAGCUUGGGCAUCCUUCAGAAGCAUUUCUGUAAUGUGUUCACAAUGUCUGAGGAAGGGAAAGGCAUCGUGAGGGGCCCUGAUGGAAGGCUGUGGAGCAGGUGUUUCUGUAAUGGUCAGCUCCAUUGGCUGAAUCUUCCCUCUUUUUUAGGAAAGCUCGCACUCUGAGCUGGGUUGUACGGGAGAAGCUUGUGUCAGGAGUUUCCUUGAGGGGAAAGGAGAUCAGUUGUACAGUUGAUGAUGUACAUGAUAUAUGCAGUUUUGUUUCUGGGUUGGUUGUUUUUUGUUUGUUGUUUUUUGUUUGUUUGUUUUUUUCUUUUUUGUUUGGGGGUUAAAUGAUUUUUUUUUUUUUUUUAAUGGUUUUAGGAAUCUCUAAGGGGAACCUGUAAAUCUGACACCUCUAUUUAUUUUGCCUUAUUUUAGUUUGCUAUGUUUGUAUGUAUACACUGCAUUACAGCAAAGACUCUUGAGACCGUGCCAGGGCAUUACACCAGCUAGACAGCUGGCGAGGCCAUUCUGCAGCAAGCUGAGCAGGGUGUGGGGUGGUGUGGGAGCAGCCUUGGUGUGGGAAAGGAGGCAAGGAGGAACUUCACUUUUGCUUUCACAGGAAUCACUGUGCCCUAAUAAUAAUUGACUUGGGAAAGCAUGUCUUUUAAAGCAUGUGGUGAAUUGAUGCAAGUAGGUUAUUUCAGAAUACUUUCUAAAAACAACCAUUUUCUUGUCAUGAAUCAUGGUGGGAAUACUGAGAAGAGUUAAGCUACACAGUUGCUAACUCAAAUUUCAACCUCCAACUCAAAUUCUGCAUGUAAUGCCAGAGAAGCUCAAAUAGGUGCACAAGUAUGGAUCAUACCCUUACCAGAGUUUACGUGUUGGUGAGACAAACUGCAGCAGGCCAAGGAAGAAAGGAUUCCCUCUGAUUCCCCUCUCCACUCUACUUCCUCAGAGUAUCCAGGGUAAGCAACAUUUUUUGGCUGUUUGGUUUCCUCUCUGUGGAGUCUCUAGCAAUAACACAUGUUUAGCUACACCUCUUUGGCUUCUGUACUGAACUAGGGAGAUUUCUGGUUGCCUGCCAUUCAAACACUUAGCUGCUGUUGACCACUCUUACUUUCCUUAUCAAAGGUGGAAAAGGCCAUCUCGAGUAAUAUAAUUCGGCCAACUGAAAAUAUAGGUGUAGAUAUUAAAGCUAUUUACUGCUCUGAGUAGUUUGGAUGACCAUAUUCUCCUAAAGCUGGCCAGAUUAUGCUGAGAAGGAUGUCAUUAGCUUAGAAAGCUGUUAUGGCACCUCAUUUUGAGUCUGGAUGCUUAACAGAUAUUCCAAACCAGUCUUCUGAUACUGGUGUUAAUGUGGAAUAGAUCCAGUAUACCAGUACAGUGUUUAACACCAACAUUAUUUAAAGCAACAUCUGGAUCAGAACUCCCCUUUUAAACAGCUUUAGCUGUUGAGAUGAUGUUCUACAGAGCUUUCAAAGGGCUUGGUCCUUUCAGGUGUUCAACAGUUGAAGCUCUCACUCAGCUGAUUCUAGAAAAGCCUCUAUGAUAUGCUACUGAAAACCCACCCCCUCUACACUGCUUCCCAUCUUCAGACUUGCCCCUAAACACUCUCUUCAAAUACCUUUGCUGUUUUAGAAUUGUAGGAGGACAUCAGGUACCUGAGCCACACUCAAAGCUUCUCCCUUCCAAACUGUAUUCAGCCAUUCUCCUCCCCUGUCAGCCUGCUCAGUUUGAAACUUCCAGAUCAUUUUUGGAGGUGUCCCUGCCUGCCGAGCUGGAAAGUAUAGUGCUGCUUACUGAUGUGGGAGGUUGUGUGCUGCUGUAAUGCCUUGGCGUAUCCUCAUUUCUUAGUCAAUUUAAGACUAUAAGUGAAUUAAAUGUACAAAUCCUGUAGUGUCCUUUUUAUCUGUAUCUUUUUAUAAGAAUAUACUGUAAUACUAAAAAACAAAAGCAAAAAAAUUAAAGAUAUAUUGCCCCCACUGUGUCUCAGUAAAUUUAUUUGUAGUUGUAUUUUCUGUGGUUUUGCUGGACAGUGUUACAGGUGAGUUGGAGUCUGAGUGCACUGUUUUUCUUGGCUCUGGGUCUUUCUCUUUGAUCGAGAGUGUGUAGUUCUUCAGUGACACAGUCACUGCAGAGCUGGUGAGAAACUUCAGAGAUAGUUCUUGCAGGAAAGUGGA